AUGUUGUUCCUGUGUGUAAUAGGGGCGUGGCUGCAAAUAGCAACGGUUGCCUACAAAAGGGAAGGAGGUGGAAACCAGUGGAGGUGUGAGCAGGAGAAGAGGCGUGCACACAUUCGAGGGCGCAGCCGCAGCGGGGAAGGAAACACGGCGGGGCCACAGUCAGCAGCUGUGUGUGUCUGUGUGUGGGUACUGGUGGGGCGCCGGGUAACUGGCGGUGCAGACACGCAUCGCCGCAGCGUCGCUUUCAACGCUACCGUAACCUCCUGGUCACUGCCGCAACUGGCAACAAGGAGCAACCCGGCAGCGGGGGGCGGAGACACGCCGCAUGCACAGGCCGGCAGCAGCAGCACCACAGCUACCUGUGAAGAGCAGCAACAACAGCAGCAGCAAGGCGGAGAGAUCGAGAAUGGUAUCAUGACCACACAGCAUGCAGAGAGGAAAAGCACAAGACCUCACGCAGCGAAAAGAAGACACCUUACACCCGAAAGACACACCACACCAAACCAGGCGUCAUUACAUAAAGAUAAAACAUUUACACAUAUAUCUACCCACGUCGCUGUGCGACACGCAAUGAAAGCCCAAUUGUUAAAAUAA